AUGUCUUUCGAAGCGUUCCGAUUCCUGGAACUGCCUGCCCAGCUCCGCUGCAUGGUGUACGAGGACCUGAAGAUCGAGACUCGAAGACAUGUGUUCAAGAUGUCCGAAGCUCUCGAGUGCAAGCACUGGACGGUCGCAGACGGAGCCCAUCGAUCGAUCACACUUGUUCGGAAAUUGCUUGCAGUGGCAAUCCUAGCAACUUGUUGGCAGGUCCAAUGCGAAGUCGUUGAGUAUCUCCGGUCACGACUUCGUGACCUCAAGCGUGACCCGGUGCGCUUUAUUCUCGGAUAUGGCGGCGCAGCUGUACUAUCCGAUCACUGUGGCCCGCUUGCCGAAUGCUUCAACGACCCAGUGAGUCCGAGUUUGAGCACUUACAUCCGCGAAAUCACCAAUCGACGCUCCUCUUUCUUCGAAUAUGCCCGUUCUUUGGCUUUUGAACCUCACGAUAAGCUCAUUGUGACCGGAGAAGCGCAAUUGUGUACGAAGAAGAAUGCCUCAAGGCCAUGCGCGGCGCAUGGUCGAUUGGCUGAAUGA